UUUUUUUAUCGAAGGGCCUUAGCCCUCCAUUUCCAUUAAUCUCUACUAUUAUAAAAAUUGACUGUAAAAAUAAUGACGUUCUAUGUGAGUGAUUAUGCUAAUUUCAUCUAACAUUAAGAUGAGGUUUUGAGCUUAAUUUGUUGAGACUGUCUUAGUUCUCUUUUGUUUUUUGGCUGUGCAUCCCUGAUGGAUGCAAAAGCCUAGUGUAAUUUCAUUUAUUAAUGAAAUUUUCCCAUUAUCUUAAAAAAAGUACAUAACUUCUCAAAUAGAUGGGAGUUUGUCAAACGAAUUCGAAGGAGAAAGAGCCCAUAAGAAAUAUUUGAACAGUGUAAUACAUGUGAAUUUGCUUCUCAUAUAUCUUACAGCUAGGCAUUUUAACAGUAGUAAGCAUUUCACAAAGUGUACCAUAGUUUUUGGAAACAGAGGCAGCCACUGAACAAUAGCUAGCUUGAAUCAUUGGGAUGAGCAUUACAAAGUUAGUUAAUUUAUCAUUUCUGCUAGUCAACACAAGAUUCGAUCUGGUUAAUUAAAAAAAUUUAACUGUAGGUACACCUGACUGUCGACCCUCACCAUCUAGACACUUCCAUCAUGUUAUCAUACUAGUAACAUGUAGAACCUGUAAAACGACCUCCAGCACUAUAAAUACACAAUUCUUGAUUUGCCGUCCAUUCCAUCUAGCACCUAGCUAGCUAGCUAUAUUCAUAAUGGCUGUAACAAAGCUUGCAGUGCUUAGCUUUGUCCUUCUCAUGAGCAUUGGCUUAACCCAUGCUGCCAGGGUGGCUAGGUAUGCCAAUGCUCAGGGAACAGGUUCAGGAGGGGGGAAUGGUGGUGGGUAUCUGAAUGGGGGUGGUGUAGGGUCCGGAAGCGGGUACGGGGUGGCUACGAGUGGCCACGGAGCGCACGCGCAUUCAAGUGGUGGAGGUGGAGGUGGUGGUGCAACAAGCUAUGGUACCGGAUACGGUGGUGGAUUUGGUGCAGGUUCAAGCUCUAGUCAGACGAGCAGCGGGUAUUAUCAAGGUUAUACUGGGGAUGCUAGCGCUGGUGGAGGUGGCGGAGGCAAUGGUGGUGGGCAAGGAGGCGGCACCGUUGGAUCCAGUGGCUACGGGAGUGGUUUUGGAACUGGAUCUGGAGCUAGUGAGGGAGCUGGCGGCUUCUCCUCGCCGAACCCAUCAUAUGCAAAUGCAGAUGCCUCUGCUAACGGUGGUGGAACGGGUGGUGGUCAAAAUGGUGGGAAUGGCAAUGGCGUAGGUGGUGGAUCUGGUUAUGGUGAUGCAAACCCUUAGAUCUUUAGUUUUGUGCCAUCGUUCUUAGCUACAUUGGAGCUAGCUCAACCUAGCUUUCUUAUCUCAUGAUUUUUGUUUUGUUAAACUUGUACCUGCCAGGGAGGAACAAAUAAAUGGAUUUUUUUCAUGAAUGUAAUGCUUUCUUAAAAAUAAUAUAUAGUUCCUCAUGCAUGUCCACACGAUUA